GCAGUGUCGACGGGAGUAACCAGGUUGGAAAGAGCGGUUUGUGAAUAGCGGAAUUUAUUCAAGCUUCAAAUUUUCUUUUAUGCCAUCUAGCUAUACUCUCUGCUGCCAAUAAUUCUACAUUUGUAGUGUGAUAUCACGUAUGAAGGAUGUCGGUAGCCGGACUAAAGAAGCAAUUUCACAAAGCCAGCCAGCUAUUGAGUGAGAAGAUCAGUGGUGCUGAGGGGACGAAGCUUGAUGAGGACUUCCAGGAGAUGGAGAGGAAAAUAGACGUCACCAACAAAUCUGUUAUUGAACUGUUGUCCAAAACAACGGAGUACCUUCAGCCAAACCCAGCGUCCAGGGCCAGACUGGGCAUGCUCAGUACGGUGUGUAAGCUCCGAGGGCAGGUGAAGACCACGGGCUACCCCCAGCCCGAGGGACUCCUGGGAGACUGCAUGCUGCGCUACGGCCGUGAGCUGGGGGACGACUCUGCGUUCGGGGGCGCUCUGGCCGACAUCGGCGAGGCCAUGAAGCAGAUGGCAGAUGUGAAAGACUCGCUGGACAUCAGUGUGAAACACAAUUUCAUCGACCCUCUGCAGACCCUGCAGGAGAAGGACCUGAAGGAGAUCGGGCACCACCUGAAGAAGCUGGAGGGCCGCAGGCUGGACUGCGACUACAAGAAGAGGCGGCAGGGCCGGGUUCCAGAGGAGGAGAUCCGACAGGCUGUGGAGAAGUUUGAGGAAAGCAAGGAGCUGGCCGAGAGAAGCAUGUUCAACUUCUUAGAGAGCGAUGUGGAACAGGUGAGCCAGUUGGGUGCAUUGAUAGACGCCGCUCUGGUGUUCCACCGGCAGUCCCUGGAAGUACUGGAAGAUCUGAACAGCAAAUUGCAUAACCGGAUAACCGCAGCGAGCACCAGGCCAAAGAGAGAGUUCAGACCCAAGUCUAUAAUGAGCAGCUUGGAGGCCAUCGAUACCUCGCAACACAAUGGGACACACACACCAUCUCUCAAAUCUACAGAUGCCCUGAUCAUCCACAGCUCUGUAAAUGGGAAAGGUCCGGAGGUGCAGAUGGACCAGCCCUGCUGCCGAUCACUCUACACUUUCGAGGCCGAGAACGAGGGGGAGCUGGGCUUCAAGGAGGGGGAUAUAAUCAUCCUCACCAACAAGAUGGAUGACAACUGGUACGAGGGCAUGAUCAACGGGGAGUCCGGCUUCUUCCCCAUCAGCUACGUGGAAGUGAUCGUACCUCUGCCCCAGUGAGCCACUGUGGAGAGUGAGACACACACACGUGUACACAUACACACGUGCACACACACAAGCCCGCACACCCUACAGCAAGACAUCAAGACAUUUGCGUACUACCUGCAACUCGACAGGUACUUCUUGGACACCUUAAGUGUAAUCGUUUGAGAUCUCAUUGUCGGAAAAUGUGUCCUUGCAUUAAAAUGGGGAAGGGAUGGUAUCGUCGAAGCGGAAAGGCUGAAGACUUGCCCGCUGUGGUAUUAAGGGUUUCAGAAACUUAAACUUAAAAUUAUUUUCACCUGUGGAAGUACUGAGUGUGAUUCUGAAUCUUCUGUGCCUCUCCUCUCAAUGUGUUCACUGUGUGAAUCUGUUCUGAGUGAGUCACCUCUGUUUACAUUGCUGCAAAAAACAUUGUGACUUUUUACAGCCUCGCUGUUACCGACCUUAUCACAUUCCUCUUUCAAGUGCUUUCUGGUGCCAUAUUAUUUCACUAAAGCUUUAGAAUUCACUCCGGUGGAUCGCACGUCCUUCCCAAAAAGUCACGCUUUGCUUUCCUGUGCUUUAGGGGGAAAAGCCGUCAGCAGUCAGCCGCUUACUAAAUGUAUCAGUGUGGAAUGGGCUGUACCUGGUAGAUGUACUGCAUUGGGUAAGAAUAGCCUGCAGUGUAUCAGUAUCCCAGUAUAGUGGGCUGACUCUAAUGAAGUGUAGCUUGCUGCCUCCUGUGCUUAGUGAAGACAUUCUGCCUUGCUGUGAUGUCUUUGCGCUCCAUUGUGUUUAAUGGAUAAACAAUACCUCCUCUUUCUGACUGAACUGAAUGAAUGUACUGUACUGUCUUUUGAAAGCACCAGGAAAGACCACUGAUGGGAACUGCAGCUCUUAACGUUAUAUACAGUUGCCUUGAUGUAAACGCCUCGAUUAUUUAUGCUUUACCAAUAUGUAAGUUACAUUUUAUUGUGUUAGGAUUUUGCUGUCUCUAUCUUUAAACUGUGUUGUUUUGUGUGAGGAAGGGAGAAUGGGCACUUGCAUAAGUUACAUCUGUACACGGACUCCUGCUAUUGCUUGACCAAGCAAAAACAGCUCAUCAGCAAAGAUAAACAAGGUGAAAAAGGUCAAUAGUAUUUUAAUGAAUGGAGCUAUUGUAUAGAUCUAAAUCUUUAAAGAAAGUACAAUUUUAUGAUGGCUUUACUUAUUUUAGACUUCAUUCUGUGAGUGAAAAUGAUCAGGAUAUUAUAUCAGGGUGUAAUGUUUCUAACGGUAUUAUUGAGAAAGCACAGACCUUUUUAUCCGAUAAGACAAUUUAAUAACAAUUGGAAGACUCAAUAGAAUAUAAAUAGAAAUGUCAAUGAAUGUGCUCAAUACAGGUGGGGUGCCAGUUCCAAUGUAUAAUUUUAUGUGAUGUGUAGUAUUUCUGAAAUAUUACCUUGGUGACUUGUGUUCUCAAAGAGCAGUUAGCCAAGAGCCAGACUCCCUGCUGAUUGCUGAUGAAACCACAGAAGCUACAGCAGAACUUGUUGCUGUAUGUUGGUAGGAGAACAGAGGAAGAAUCAGCAGGAAUCCAAACUUUACACGUGUAUAUCUGUGAUCACUGAGACACACCAAACAUAUUUUUGUCUUUGUACUCCAGUACUGCUCAGUCUGCUGUUAUAAUGUGUUUAUGUUCCCUCCUACAGAUCUGAUUGGAAAAAGUACAAUAUAUAAAACUGUUUUAUAGAUGUUGUAACUGAGUAUAUGAAUACCUAUAUUGAGUAAAUAAAUGACAGGACAAUGCUGA